CAUACAUUCCUGCUCACACGUCGUGAUUCUAUUAUUCUGCAAACAGACACUGAGGGAGACAAACUUAUUCAUGUAGACAGAUGCAUGAACAAUCCAAACAGCUGGAUACUCGACUAAGACAGCUGUGCUUUUUGUAGCAUACUAUGAGCAAAUAUUUUGAGAGCUGAACUCAGAUUAGAUCUUUUUGUGGUCAGUAUGGCAGUAAACAACACUAUGGUGGUCUUUGCACUUGACUUAACAGACAAGUUAUAGCUGUAUAGAGUAAACAAUAGAGCAGCAAAGUAGAGGAAAACAACAGAGUAACAACACGGAUUACUAUCAGCACCCUUUGUGUAGUCAACCUAACCAGGACAGCAUCGACAGCCUGCCACCAGGGAAAAGAGAGGUGAUGGAGAAGUUUUUUAAGCCUGUCCACAGCCCUUCUGCACCAGAUGAGAUUAAACCACGGAAGAACCACCAUCACCAUCAUCACCAAGACUCUCAGUCACAAAGGUACACAAGGUUUGAUGACACUGAGCGAAACACAGAUGACGGUCGAGGGAACCAUCGCCAUCAUCACCACAGUCAUUAUAACCAUGACAGCCCUCACCAUGAUGGCCACUAUCCUCAUCAGUUUCACCAUAGCGAGGAGGAUGAGAUCCUUUACGACCACCGCGCUCCUGUAACUUUCUCCAGGGCGUCUUCCUCUUCCCUCUCCUCUUCUUCCUCCUCUUCUUCCUCCUGGUACACAGAGCCGAACGAUCCCUUCUCUCUUCGUCAUGCUGAGCGGCCACAGCACUCCCUGUCCUGCUCCAACAUCCCAGAUGUGCGUAUAGGUUUCCAGGAAGAUGACAGCAGUGAGCCCAUUGUUUUUGCCACCAUCCGCCAUGGCAAAAAAGACAGUGUUUGUAGCGAGAUACAGGAAGGCUCAAAGCAGAGGGGAAAGCGUGGUUUCUCAUCUCUUGACCGAGGUCACAGUCGGAGCGAUGAAGGCUAUCUGCAGGGCAAUGAUGGAGGAGAACAAUCCAGAGCAUCGCACAUUAACUAUGGGCCUUUGUAUAAGACAACUAGUUUGAACCAAAGCCUGGCUUUCAGUGAGGAGGACAUUCUGUUAGGGGUCUCCAGAGGCCCCAAGAGGGCAGUGUCUUCCAGCCAGCUACCCAGCAAAGGAAUCCUCAAGAACAAGGACGGUCAACUUGACAUUCGCAAGGCUAAGUCAAUGGAGGUGUUGUCUCCGAGAGUUUCCAAAGGGCAAAGUCAGAGUGGGCAGAAGGGCAAAGGACUGACUCCAGCUGAGGUAGAGGAAGCCAGGGCCAAGUUUGUGCGGGGAAAGUUGCAGUUCUCAGCUUUUCUAGAUGAGAUUACAAAACAGGUUAUAAGUCCAUCAGAUCUCAACAUCUUGGGUGUGAGCAAACUUAAGACUACUGGGAAGACAUCUGCCCCAUCCCCAACAUCUGGCCCAGUGAAGCCUCAGCUCCCACCCAAGAAGCACAGAGAGAGUGCGGGUAGUGAGACGGAGCAACAACGGAAACAUACUAGCAGAAAGGAGAAAGAAGCUUCCAGGAGCUCUGGAAAACACUCAGACUGCUCCAAUCCUGACAAGCUAAUCUCAUACGCAGCCAGGAACCACCAUGGUAGCCCCCCGCCUCAUCACUACCCCGGCUCUGCCAGCCACAACACCCAUCAUACAACCAACCGUAAAGACCGUAGGCCCUCGCCCACCGGAGGCUCCGUGUCGGAAGACAGAUAUGGCAGAUGUGGAUCUCAUCUCAUGGAUGGAACAAGCACCAGCCCUGAACCCGCCCAACCCAAACAACGGCACCACCGCAAACUGCAGCCCAGCACGUCCCACAACCAACAUACUCAGCACUUCCCUCAGCCGGUACAUUCAGGCGCUGGGCACCGAGGGCCAAGCAUCUCCCCUCCAUCCACAGCCCAGGGUGGAAGGCCAGGUGUGGGAUCUGAGUCCUCAUCUACAAAAUCUGACUCAUCCAGGGCCAGAGACACAGCAUCCACAGCCACCAGCCACAGCUCAGAGCAGAGUGGUCGACACCAGUCACAGCAUGUGGGACAUCCUAAACAGCACAGGGACAUGCUGUGUGAUGCCAACCAUGUUCAGGCACUGCAGGAUGAGAAUGCAGAUCUUCACCAGAACCUGCUGCAGACGGUGGUUUGCAUCGAGAGCCUGGAGGGGGAGCUGCAGAGGACCAGGGACGAGCUCAGCCACGUCAAAGAGAAAUAUAAAAGCCUUCUGCAGACACAUACAGGAACCAAACAGGCCAAUAACCUGCUGGGGGAGCACCUGCAUAUAGCGUCGGAGAGCCUGACCAGUGAAAGAAAGUAUCUGCUUAACCGUGUGUCCCAGCUGAGCUCAGAGCUGGAGGACGCCCACAGGACCAUCGCAGCGCUGGAGAACAUUAAUGUACCGUGCUUGAUAAAGGAUUUACUGGAGAAGCACUUUGACUCAGCCGAGGCUGUAAAGAAGUUUCUAACGACUCCUGCUCCAACCAGCCUGUUGGCCUCUGUCCCACAAACAGAAAACCAAUCACAUUCUCCGAAAGUGGAAGGAGCAGCAUAUGAUUGGUUGACGAAAUCAGAAGCAAGUCCUGAGAGGGUGACAGCAUUCAUGCCAUUUAAGCAGGACGUCCCACCGACAGGAAAUGAAGUCAGUCUCUCAGGUCAGGAUGAGUCGAGCCACAGCCCCCCUUUCUCUGUGGCUGACAUCAGCACUGCUAUCUAUAAGAAAAUGGCGGCCAGUUAUGCUGCCAGACCACAACCUCUUUACCCAAAAAGCCAGCAGCAGCUUUCUACUGUUGGCACUAACCAUGCUGACACUCCUCCAGACCCCCGGCGGGCACGUGUGGGUGUUGAUAACUGGGAUGGGAAGGGAGGGUUAAAGGUAAUGCUUUUGGAGCAGGACGCUGAGGAUGUCAAUUCCAUGUCCGCUCAGCAAAUCCUGGAUGAUUUCCUGCAGCAGCUGCAGGCUCGCAAGGAGGCUGGUGGAGGGAAGAAGCCACAGAGUGGGCAGGAGUGGGCGAGUGGAGUGGAACAAACAGGCAAAAUAGCUGACUGAAAAUGUCAUCAUCAAAGGUCGUGGCAGGAUGAAUGUAUAUGCUCGUUUUAUUGUUAUCGUUUAAAUAUGUAUCGAUUCAUGUUUCCUGUGAAAAUCUGUCAUAUGCAAACACUGCUUUUCCAAAAUGCUGUCUGCUUGUAGAUUAUGUACUUUAAGGUAAUCCAUGGAGUAGAAAGGAGCUCAUAAAGUUGAAGGAUGAAAAAUGCAAAAAAAGACUUGCAGCAGCUGCAUCAAUAAAAUGAACAACAAAGUGUAAUUACAAAAUGUUUAAAAAAUGAUUAUUCUAUUCUAGUAAUAUUUUGAAAUAUACUUUAUAAAUGUACCGCUGCUUAAGCAAUAUUUUUAAAAAAUGCUGUGUCUUUUAUAACCUGUGCCCAUUUUUCUGGUAAUGUUCUCCUAAAUUAACAGAGAGCACAUUGAUCAUAUACAAUGUUAUCGUUGACACAGAGGAUGAAAUUACUGUUAACAAUGUCUGGUUUCUGUGUUUAACAGCCCCCAGUGUAGAGAGAUUAAAUGAAAAGCCCAUGUCCAUGUCCUUGUCUAUGGUAAUAGACAUUAUUUUCAUCCCUGUGAAAAAUGUGAAAAUUUACCUGUUAACAAGUGCAAGAAACCAUCAUAAUUUUCGACAGCUUUUCAUUUCAGUUGUAAGCAACAGCUAUGAUGGACCUUAAGACACAUUAGUAAGAUGAAAGACAAGGCUUUCAAAACCUGUUGAAAUCAAGGGCGUCUGCUAAUUGUAUACUUAUGGAUGAAAAGAAGUGACAAAGGCUGACAUUUUUCUUCUACUUUUAUUCAAAGCAAUUUAAACAGGCACAAUUACCUCUUCCUUUUUAUGUAGACAUAUGUCAAUAUUUGUAUAUUUGUGAAUAAUAAUUCUUAAACUUAAGGGAGGAGAUAACUGAGAGUUUGAACAGAAUAAAGAAAACUGGCAUUAAACGACUACAUUUUUAAAUGAUUUACUGGAAAACAUAAUUUAGAUUUUGCUGUGCAUGUGGAGAUUUGUGUAAAUAGUUAGUGAUUUUGUGUUUGUUUGUAUGUGAUAUCUGAAAUAGCUGGCCUUUCCUUUUUGAAAUUAUAUGAUGUCUGGUGUAGAUAAUUUAGGCUAAAAAAACUGCAGUUCAUAUACAAAGUUGUGAUUGUUUACAGGUAUUGUGAAGAUGUAGAUUAGAUAAAGUACAGCAGCAGCUUAUUACUGUAAUUUUUAUCUUGAUAGCCCCAAUGUCUCUCUGCAUCUUGUCAGUAUGAAAACUUCUAGUCUGUGUCAUUACAGCUAUUCUACCAAUAAAGAUAAUCAUAUUAAAUCAG